AUUUGGAAAACAACCCUAAACCCGCCCUAGCCACAGACAAGUAGCAGGCAGUUUCAAUAGCAGGGCUGCAGCGAUACUGUAGUUAAAGUAGUGAAAGCUGAUGUUAUUGUUGUUAUUCUGUUCCGGUUCUAAAAUAAAAUAAUAACAAUAAUUAAAAAAAAAAAAAAAAGAUGGAAAGGUUUGAAGGCUACAUCUUCCCUGUUGUUUGUAGCACAAAUUUUUUAAUAUCAUGUCUUCUUUUUUCUAAAAUCACCCAGGAGCAAAGAGAGUCGUACAUGGACGAGAUCUUUCACGUUCCACAAGCUCAGAAAUACUGUGAAGAGAAAUUUAAUGAGUGGGACCCUAUGAUCACCACGCUGCCUGGUCUGUACCUGCUGUCGGUCGGAGUGAUUAAACCGGUCAUGUGGUUGGUGGGUUGGACAGGAACAGCCUUGUGCUCCACUGCCAUGCUGCGCUUUAUCAACGUGCUUUUCAACUGUGGCAAUCUCUACAUCCUCUAUCUCCUCAUUUGCAAAAUACACCCCAAGGACAAGUCCCGUGCGACUGGACGGCGUGUGCUCUCUGCUCUGGCUCUGUCCUCCUUCCCAGUGCUCUACUUCUUCACAUUCCUCUACUACACAGACGCCGGCUCCACCUUCUUCAUUCUCUUCGCCUACCUCAUGUGUCUGUACAGGUGCCACAAAGCUUCAGCUCUGCUGGGCAUCUGCGCCAUCCUGUUCCGCCAGACCAACAUCAUCUGGGUGGCUUUCUGUGCCGGGACGGUCGUGGCUCAGAAAAUGGACGAGGCCUGGAGGGUGGAACAGUCGAAAAAGAGGGAUGAGAAAUCGUCAUCGCAGAUCUCAUUGCAGCUUAGCAGUGUGAUGAGACUAGCGCACUUUUUACUGAAAUACCUCACAUCGCCAGUCAACAUAAAGAGUGUGAUUUUAUCAACCUGGCCUUAUGGUGUAGUCGCUUUGGGCUUUGUUGUCUUUGUGGUGUUGAAUGAUGGGAUUGUGGUUGGGGACAGGACCAGUCAUGAAGCCUGCCUGAACGCCCCUCAGCUGUUUUAUUUCUUCUCCUUCACGUUGAUCUUCUCCCUUCCUAUAUCCCUUUGUUACCACAGGCUUGUUAGAUUUGUGCAGUCUCUCCGGAGGCAUCCUUUCCUCUUUCUCCUGAUCACAGCUCUGUCUCUGUUCCUGGUCUGGAAGUUCACGUUUGUCCACAAGUACUUAUUAGCGGACAACAGGCAUUUUCCCUUCUACGUAUGGAAGAGAAUUUUCCAGAAGCAUGAGCUGGUUCGCUUCCUCCUCGUUCCUGCAUAUAUGUUUGCAGCAUGGAACUUUAUGGACACACUGAAUUCCAAGUCGCUGUUUUGGAUCUUGGCAUUUUGCGUGUGUCUGGUGGCAGCUACGGUUCCGCAGAAGCUUCUUGAGUUCCGCUAUUUUAUCCUGCCAUAUCUGCUGUACCGCAUCCAUGUCCCUCUUUCAUCCCUCCCCAGACUGCUGCUUGAAUUUGCUCUGUAUACAGCAGUCAAUGCUGCGACGAUCUACAUCUUCAUCCAGAAGACAUUCCAGUGGCCUGAUAGCCCUGCAGUGCAGAGAUUCAUGUGGUGACAUGGGACCGCUAUAAUCUUUUCACCUUUUUUAUUAAAGAAAAGGAAAAAACAGUGUAAAUGUGAUUAUAGUUCUUAUUUCUUUCUUACUGCUCUGACCACCUUCUUACUCUGCAUUCAUAUCAGCAAACACAAACAUUAUUGGGGUUAUUUUUAAUGUAUAUAUGUGUCUGCUGUGUCUUUUGAGUUGUCACUUGUUUACCGUGUGUAUAUAUUAGUAUCUCAUUUGCCAAAUUAAGGGUUCAAAAUAGAGCUGGGCAAUAAUUGAAAUUUCUGCAGAUACCAACAUUUGUAGAAAAUUUGGCAUUGUUAAUAGCAGUGCAGCUGCCAUGAAACUAACAUUUACCUCUCAAGCACAAUGUCAGUGUCUUGUUGUCUAACUCUUGGUGUGGUAGCCAAUCAGAGCAAGCCUGUGGGCAGAAACCAAUGAAAAUAGAAACGAGACAGAGCUUGUGGACUGAACCAUCUGUAUAUUAUUUACUAUGUUUAACUUAUGUUGAACAUGACUAAAUAUUCUCUUGGAUAAAUCUUUGAAAAAAAAUUUUUUCUACAUAAUUUUAAUUUUGAUCAAAUAUUUAUCGCCCAGCUCUAGUUGACUGUCAUAUCUUUAAAAUAAUGAUGCUCCCACGUUUGUUCCAAAUGACGUUCACAUAGUUCAGUCCCAUUGCAUCAGGUUGCUGUUGUCUCCAAAUUUAGAUCAAACUCAAGGGUUGAGCCACGUGUCUGUACAUAGCAAUCACAUUAGUCUUAGUUCCUGUAUGUUUUCAUGUGAAUUACCUUUAUUUAUGAAAGAUAAUUGGUUUCUGUUAUUGCUCUGCUGGAGUUUAAAUCCAGUGUUUGGAUGCAAUAAAAAUACUGAUUACUUA